AGUGGGGUGCGCUUUGAUUUUGAUAUAAAAGCGCUUGACAAUCGAUUCAAAGAUCAAACCGAAUUUCUUCUUUCAAGAAAUAACAGUUGAAACAAACAUUUGGAUAAAAUGAAGUUCUUGAUCUGCGCAUUCGCCUUGGUGGCAGUCGCCAUGGCCCAAGAAGGUUACAACUAUGAAAAGCCAAAACAACAAUUAUGUGAACCACAAAUUGUUCAAGUGCCAGUAGAGAAAAUCGUAAACAAAGUUGUUUACAAGGAUCGCCAAGUGCCAGUGCCUAUGCCAGUUGAAAAAGUCGUAGAAAAGGUGAUUCAACGCCCGGUCGAAAAAAUCGUUUACCAAGACCGUCAAGUGCCAGUCCCAACUCCAGUUGAAAAGAUCGUUGAAAAGAUCGUCUACGAAGAUCGUCAAGUGCCAGUCCCAACCCCAGUUGAAAGAGUCCGUACCGUCGAGAAAGUUGUGCCAGUACCAACCCCAGUCGAAAAAAUUGUUACAGUCCAAAAACCAGUGGAAAAGAUCGUCGAGAAAGUUGUAUACAAAGAUCGCCAAGUGCCAGUUCCUAUGCCAGUUGAAAAAAUCGUAGAAAAGGUUAUUCAACGACCAGUAGAAAAAAUCGUUUACAAGGAUCGUCAAGUGCCAGUCCCAACUCCAGUUGAAAAGAUCGUAGAAAAGGUCGUUCAAAAACCAGUCGAGAAAGUUAGAUACGUAGAUCGUCCAGUAGAAAAGAUCGUACAAGUACCAGUCCACGUUCCUUAUUGCGAGGAAUUCAAAUCACACGAAAUCAGCGGAUACUAAGCAAUUUCAUUUUGUUCUUUUGUAAAUAUGAUGUUUUGUUUGAAAUAAAAGAAAAACACAUGCGAUAAUUAAAACCGAAACAAA